UGGCUGCUGCAUCCAUAGUGAGCCGGGAGCCCAGGUUGUGCCGCUGCUGCUCCCCAGCGGGGUGUGUGCGGGGAGAGACCUGCACUAACCGCCCUCGGUGCCCAGCCGGGGGGACUCUCUGCGGGGGCUGGAACCAGCCCCUGGGGCAGCCCCGGGCUCUGCCGACACCAGCCCCUGAGCCGGAGCCUGCAGGAGCUGGUGACCUUUGAGGAGGCGGCUGUGUAUUCCACCGAGAGGCACAUCUCACCGCAGGGCCCCCUGCAGGUUCGCCAUGCAGGAGAACUACGAGAACGUGAUCUCGCUGGCGGAGGAGAUUGCGAUCAGCUGGCCCCGGAUAACUGCUUUUGCCGAGUCCCACAGGAGGAGAGGAUUGGUGUCCGGUAUAGAGAUGGAGUCAGAGCAGGGCCAGCUGGAGCCAGCCCAGGUGCAGAACUCAGCCACGGCUGGGCCCAGCGAAGGAGGGAUGACCCCUGACUUGCGUCGGCAGCUGGGUCUCAUCCUGCAGACCGCCGGCCGGAGCCAGGUGGAGAAGAUGCUGCGGGAGCUGGUGAGGGAGCAGAGCCAGGAGGGCAAGCGCAAGGCUCGCAAGAAAGCCACAAGGAGUCCCAAGGAUGGAGCAGGUGACGGGGCACCAAGUGACAAUGAGGAGGAGACUCCCCCACAGGAAGGCUCUGAGAAGGCGGAGUCACCCGAGGCCUUGCCAGGAAAAACCGAGGGCCCUGAUCAGGGUAAAGCCAGCGGGAGCCAGUGCCGGUCAGAAGGGCAGCCACCGCAGCAGAAGAGCCCCGCGCUGGGGAAGCAAGAGGGCAAAGCCACUCGCCGCACUGGCCUCAAGAAGGGGAAAGAGCCCCCACUGUCGCAGCAGCAGCGGGGGGCAGGCGUCUGCACCGAAUGCGGGAAGGACUACGGCUGCGGGCGGGCAGCACAGCGGGUGCAGACGCCGGAGAAGCCGCACCAGUGCGGGGAGUGUGGGCGCUGCUUCCGCCAGCGCUCCAUCCUGGCCAAGCACCAGAAGAUCCACACAGGGGAGAAGCCCUACCGCUGUGACGACUGUGGCAAGUGCUUUAGCCGCGGCUCCAACCUGACACAGCACCAGCGUAUCCACACCGGCGAGCGCCCCUUCCACUGCGGUGACUGCGGCAAGAGCUUCAUCCAGAAGUCGGACCUGGAGCGGCACCAGCGUGUCCACACCGGCGAGCGCCCCUACCAGUGCGGCCAGUGUGGCAAGUGCUUCAGUGUCAGUUCCCACCUGGACCGGCACCGGCGCACCCACCUGGGGGAACAGCGCCGCCACCAUGCCUGCGGAGGAAGCAAGGGCUGCAGCAGCGGCCCGUCAGCCCGGCACCGGGCCUGCCAGGCUGAGGAGGAAGAGGAGGAGGAGGCAGUGGCUGCCCACCAGUGUCCCGAGUGCGGGAAGUGCUUUGCCCAGCGGGCCUCACUCUCCAAGCACCGCAAGACCCAUAGCGGCGAGCGGCCCUACCAGUGUGGUGACUGUGGCAAGCGCUUCAGCCGCAGCUCCAACCUGACCCAGCACCAGCGCAUCCACACCGGCGAGCGCCCCUUCCAGUGUGGCGACUGCGGCAAGCGCUUCAUCCAGCGCUCCGACCUGGAGCGGCACCAGCGCGUCCACACCGGCGAGCGGCCCUACACCUGCCCCGACUGCGGCAAGAGUUUCAGUGUCAGCUCCCACCUGGACCGGCACCAGAAGAUCCAUGCUGCUGAGCAGGCCUCCUACCGCUGCCCUGAGCACCUCAAGGGCUUCCUGGCCGCCCACCAGCAUGGCAAACUCUUCAAGUGCUCCGACUGUGGACGCUGCUUCAGCCAGAGCGCGGCACUGAUCAAACACCAGCGGGUGCAUGCCAGCGAGAGGCCCCACCAGUGCACGGACUGUGGGAAGAGCUAUGUGGCCUGCGGCGCUGGCCCCAAGGCCCAGGCAGCAGCUGGAGGGAAGCCCCACAAAUGCUCCGACUGCGGGAAGAGCCUGGGUGGCAUCUCACCCCCUGUGCUGCACCCCAGACUGCGCGCCCAGCAGUGCAUGGACUGCGGGAAGAGCCUGGCAGCGGGGAAGCCCCCGCCACCACCGGCGGAGAAGCCAUUCAAGUGCACAGACUGCGGGAAGGGCUUCGGGCAGCGCUCGGCCCUGGUGAAACACCAGCGGAUCCACACGGGUGAGAAGCCCUACGCCUGCCCUGACUGUGGAAAGGGCUUCAUCCAGAAGUCGGACCUGACCAUCCACCGUCGCAUGCACACCGGGGAGAAGCCCUACCGCUGCCCUGAGUGCGGGAAGUGCUUCAGCGUCAGCUCCAACCUCAUCACCCACCAGCGCACCCACCUGGGCGAGAAGCCCUACCAGUGCUCUGAGUGCGGCAAGAGCUUCAUCCAGCGCUCGGAGCUCACCAUCCACCAGCGCGUGCACACUGGCGAGAAACCCUACAAGUGCCCCGAGUGCGGGAAGUGCUUCAGCCGUAGCUCCCACCUCAACCGGCACCAGCGCACCCACGCCGGCGACAAGCCCUCACUGCUCUCCACCACCAAGAACUCCACCGCUGCCACCAGCAGCCCCCUGCAGGCCUCCUCUGCCUUCUCCUCUGCCUCCUUCUCCUCCCCGCUGGGCACCUCCUCUGCCCCCCUCCCCGCUCUACCCUCUUUCCCUUCCUCCCCCUCCCCCAUCUCCAUCCCCGCCCUCUCCAGCAACCCGCUGGAUCUGCCCUGGGCCCUGUCCUUCCCAUCCCGUGGCUUCCCCCACCCUUCCUUCCCCUCGCCUGCUCCGUCCGGGGCCCCAGCCUCAUCACUGAUAAACUAACCGCCCCCCGCAGCCUCUCUGUUCCCCCUCGCUCCCCCUAAUUCUUGCCUGCAUCCCUCCUUACUCCCCAUGAAUCUUGCCUCUUCCCCUCCAAUCUCCCACCUGGCACCACAUAAUCUCAACUCUCCCCCUCCUGGUACCCCAUGAAUCUCGCAUUUCUCUCCAACACUCCCAUUGUCCCCACUCAUCCCCCCACCCCCCAUCCCUACCAGCACUGCCAAGUCUCUUGCAGUUUCAUGGUGAGUCUCGUGAUAUUUGACGUUUUCCCUAAAGCCUCAGUUCCUGGAGUCAGGGGAUUUUCAUGAGACUCUCAGCUUUGAAAGUUUCUCGUCCUCCUGGUUGUAGAGAAAGGCAGGAAAACAUGAUCCCUGGUGACUCAGACACCAGAAGGCAAAUAAUCCCAAUGCUGAAUUUAGUAUUUUUAAGCCAACUUCCUGAUUGUUUUGGGGCCUGCAAAGGCAUGGGGUUAGUGAUACUGCAAUGGGGCUAUAGUCUUUCUCCUUUCCCCAGUCCUUCUCUUCCUUCGGCAUUCACGCCAUCCACCUCCUCUCUCCUUACCAUCCUUUUGGCCUUUCCCCCAGGCACUUCUGGUUCCUCCACUUCUCCCUUCCAUGUCCCCAGUGCCUGUACCAGUGGCCCCUCCGAUUCUGCCGCACGACAUCCUCGUUCAGCCCUGCAGGGCUGGACCAGAUCCCCUCCCUGGCUCGUCACCAGCUUUGGCCCCUCUCUGGGCAAGGCGGUUGCUGAGCCCUCUCCAUCUCUGAUGCUCUCCGUCUUCACUCUGUGUGAUCCCCACAGGGAUCACGGUGCUGUUGUAAAAGGAAUCUUAGGAGGCCCAGGCCAGAAUGGAAAGGCAGAUAGGCCGAGACUGGAAGCAUCCUGUGCUGAGAGCAGCAGCAAAGUCCCAUGCUCCUCCGGUGAGUGGAAUGAACAAUUAAAUCCCUACCCUGCAGAGUUCAAGUGUCCAGAGACACAACUGCCUAGCAAGCCGAGCCUCUGACUGCGUGGGCUACUGGAGGGCUGGCAUCUCCGUACCUGUAGACCAAGCAUAGGUUGGUGGGGGAAGGCUAGAGUUAGAGCUGGUCAACAUUUGUCACAUUUUGAUGAAAAAUUAUGUUGACCUUUUGAAUUUUGAUGAAAAAGAAAAGACAAGAAAUUAAUUUUCCAACAUUGAUUGUGAAUCUCCCCCGCCCUUUUUUUUUUUCCUUCUUCUUUUUGAAUAUCUCUAGAGCAUGGCCAACAUUGUCUGGACUUUCAAAACUUCUUGGCAAAUUUUAGAAUUUUGAAAACUGGACCUGACAUUUUUAUUUUUAUUUUUUUGCUUCCCCUCCCCUUCCACCCUGUUUUUCAACUGCCUCUAGUUAGGAUCAUCAGUGAAAAGCUAGGUAACAGUUAUCACUCAAACUAAUUUCAUUUGGCUUGUCCCGUAUUUCUGCUUCCAUCUUGGAUCAAUUACUAUCUCUGACUGCUCUUGCGACUCUGUUUUCCAAGUCUGUUUCGAUUUUUCUUUUUUUAAAUUUUUGUAACCUUGUAAAUAGACUGGUGAUAGUUUUAGACUCUGUAAAUAUUUUUUAAAAAUCUAUUUUCCUGUUACUCGUAGAGGAGAAUGCUGUGUUUUAAACACCUGCUGUACUGUAAUGAAGAAGGAGGGAGUCUGGGAGGACUGAUCCGGACUUAGCCACUCUCCCAGCACACUACUUGAUACCCAAAGAGAGAUUCCCCUUCAGCCCCAGACCAUUUAAGAAAUGAAAGAGUCGGUGUGGUAGCAGGUAGCAGCAAAUACUUGAGGCUACUUAAAUCCAUAUUUAGGCUGAUGUAUCCAAACGCCAAGUGUCCAGCAUAUCCCAAAUCACCCUUGCAUUUUGCAACUGCUGUCACAUAUUCCCACAUCCCAGCUGGAAUUUCAUGCACACACACCCACCCGCAAGUGUUUGCCUUCAGCUCCCUCUUUCUGCCACAUGUGAGCAGGCAAGGCGCCUCCCUGACUUGCCUUUCGCUGCCCCCUGGCACUGGAUCCCAGCAGGGAAGGAAUGCAUGGGAAAAGCAGAAGGCAGCAGCAGUGGGCCCAGCUGGCAGGGAUGGAAUAUGAGGAGAUUCCGUACAAGCCACAUGAUCCCCUGGCUGCCUCGCAGACAGCAGCCCUGACACUGCAGCAUCCAUCCUCCCCAGCAUUUUCAGCACCCUUCAGACAGCACGGAGACACUCUCGUCACACUCAAGAACACACUCCACCCAUCUCCCUGCAGCUUUCCAAGGUUUGUGUAGCCUCAUGUCCUGCCCCAUCAUUGCUGGGGGCACAGCAGUGUCAGAAGAUAAGAACAUAACAAUGGCCAUACUGGGUCAGACCAAUGGUCCCUCUAGCCCAGUAUCCUGUCUUCCAACAGUGGCCAAUGCCAGGUGCCCCAGAGGGAAUGAACAGAACAGGUAAUCAUCAAAU